AUGGCUCAAGGGACUGUGCGAAGCAAGAAAAGCGACUUCAGCAAAGUUCAAGGACCGACAGUCACAAUCACAGUCGGAGCUACAAAGUCGCCUUUCCAUAUCCACAAAUCACUUAUCUGCACAUCUUCACUCUUUUUUCAAAAGGCUAUGUCCGGACCGUGGAAAGAAUCCAAGGAGCAAACUCUUGAGCUCCCGGAAGACAACCCCCAGGCAUUUGCGCUAUAUUCACACUGGCUUUACUUUGGCAAAUUCCCAGUGAUUGGUAAAGGAAACAAUCAUUACAGGGAGUACUAUGAUCUUGUCAACGCAUAUGUGCUCGGGGACAAGUUGCUCGACGUCAAGUUCCAGAAUUCAGCCAUCGACGCAAUAAUCGAGAAAUCCUCUGCACCUGAUCCUCACGAUGGAAAGCGUUAUUACCCCUGUGGGGCCUUGAUCAGUCAUGCUUACAACAGUACGACUGAGUCUGCUACAAUUCGAAAGCUGUUUGUGGACAUGUAUGUGGACGCUGCGGAAGCCGUAUGGCUGAACAGAGAACUUCCAAAGGAAUUUCUCUAUUCGGUGGUUGAAGGUUUCAUGAAGAAACAAACCGCCCAAACGAAGAAAAUCAAAGCAUUCGAGUAUUAUGUGAACCCCUCCUCGAAUUGA